GGACAGCAGUGCUUAGACGAGAGUGUUCUCAGCACUUUUUUAUGCGCUCAUUCGACGCAGCAGCCCGUGGCAUCCUCAAAUAGCGUCGAAUCUUCGAAGAGCAGUAGUAUUGGCGGUUCGGGUGCUUGUUCAGAACUAUUGCCCUGUGGAGUAGCAAAUAGCACCAGUACUAAGACAGAGAGUUGUUGCCCAUCGCGACGCUGUUCUCCGUCCAUACAAUACAAUAAUAAUUCAUCAGCAAUGGUGUUGUCACAGCAUUCACCGAUUGCUGCCAAACCAACAUUCUAUAAUGCGUCAUCCACUCAGAAGACAUUCGUCACCAACUAUAAAAAUUUUCAGCCGGUAAUCUCGAAGCCUCCGUCGUCACUACGAUACCAUUCAUCGUCGGUGUACAACAUGAUGAACUAUCCAAAUGGUCAGUCAUGUCUCGACAGCAAUGCGCCGAUGAAACCAAUGAGGAAUGUGUAUCCGGUUGAAGCAAAAAGUGGCAUGCGAGGUAAAAAGGUGCCACUUCUGCUAAUGCGAUGUUCGGCGAUCAGUAAGGAACUCGAGACUGAGCUGAGGAGAGUAAUGAAAGGAAGGACAGAAGGAAGAAGAAAGCAUGCUAUGCUUAAAAGUGAGUCUGAUUCUGCAGAUGUACCAAUGUGGUUGAAGUCGCUACGAUUACACAAAUACACACCAAUGUUCCAACAAAUGGGUUAUGACGAAAUGAUGACAUUGGAUGAACGGAAACUGGAAGCAUUAAACGUUACGAAGGGUGCACGUAAGAAGAUCAUGCAAUCCAUACAAAAACUGCGUGAACGCGUAUCGAUGUUGAAGCAGAUGGAGAAGUCAAUCGAAAAUCGGGGGAGUGAUGUUGGCUGUGUGAUUGUCGAAUUGAGAGGGACAAUGAAUACACCAAUUCGGAGCUUCCCACCUCCGUGUGCUAAUCCAACCACAGCGACGAAAUGUCAUUACACACAAGCACUUAUCGACGGAAUUGGCUUCAGUGCUGAUCAACUCGACGAUGAAAAUCUGCCGGGUCAUAUCACUCGAAUAUUGGGUAAAGUGCAUGAUGCAGUAAUGGAAAAUAAUGGUGAUCGUAUAAUACCACCGCUUGAAGAUGAAUAUUAUGUAUGGCUUCUGCAAACCUACGACCGAAUAAUCAAUCAUGAAGCGUUCACGACUGCCCAAAAGCAUCGAGUUGCCGGUUGGAAACGUGCAAUGCGUAAAGUGUGUAGUCCUCCGAUGGGCCGUAGAGGUGCACGCCUCCCUCACGCUAGCGUCCUCCUUGCGUCCGGGAAUUCUUCAAACUCGGUUGCUAAUCAGCAACAACUUUCUCCUCAGGUACGCAUCCAUAUCAGUAAACUGCAACAAUCAUUCCGAAUGUUAAAUAUUACCAAUAACAGUAAUACUAAUAAUUGCAAUAGUAAUGGUAAUAAUAAUGGUAAUGGUGGUAUGAACAAUAAUGUAAACGAUGAGCAGAACAACAACCAGAAGUCAUCUCAAUCUCCACCGUCGUCUGCGCCAUCCAAUGCAGCCUCAAGUCAGCCACAACAAGCAGCGCAGUCACAACAGCCUUGUUUGGCAUCGAAUAUAUUCUCACAAAACUCGCUGCAGAAUAUCAUUGCAACAAUACUGAAUGAUGCGUGCACUUCACGAUUACCGUUUAGUGCGCAGACGGCUGCAUAUUAUCUAGGUGUUGCAUCGGUCACAUCCUUGCUUUCUUCACCUGAACUUAUGAAGCAAUUUCAAGACUGGGUUUGUUUCAGUCCGUCAUCGUUGCUGUUUUAUCUUGUGAUGAGCGGUGCUAACACGGCACCAACGGUUACCGCGCCGUUCCAGCAGCAGCAACAACAAUUUCAUCAGCAGUUAUUAGCAAAUGUUUUUGUGAAUAAUGCUACUCAGAACCAUCAUCCUCCUACCCAACAACAAGUUCAGUCGCAGUCUUCGACUCAGCUCUCUCCAACGUCACCGUCAUCCCAACCAUCAGCCGCUGUUAUCAAUCCGAAUGUCACUGCCAGCAAUAAUAGUAAUAAUCACACCAAUAAUACGGCUAAUUCAAGCGGAACAACAUCAUUCCUUGCUCGACAGCAACAACAACAGCAGCAAAAAUCUGUGGAAUUGAUUAAUUCACCAGUGACAACAUCCUCGCAGGUCAGCAGUCAUGUUCCGGCUCCUCCCGGCGUCGCUUCGAUCCCAUCUCCGCUGUUCAAUCCAGCAAGUGACCAGUUAUCUUUUCAAGUGAUGAGACCUCAUGCUCACACUCACUCUCAUCACCCCCGACUUCCUCCCCAACCACAACACUCACAGCAGUCUCAGCCCCAACCUCAGUCAGUUGGGCAUCAAAAGCAGUCAUCUUCUUCGUCCUCGUCGAGUAUUUGGAGUAAUUUUGCAAACAGCGGUGGCCAGUCAGAGCAAUCGCCGAAUCAACAACAACGUUCAUUGGUCGCUUCGUGUAGUGCGUAUUCAUUAAGUGAUAUGACAUCGCCGGCAAUGGUGAACGGCAACUUGAACGUUCCGUUAGCUUCACCAAUAUCGGAUAAACCGUGUUUCACGACGUCAUCGUCAAAUUGUGUAUAUCCAUCGACAUCCCUAUCGUCAAGCGCAAUGAACAACCCCCUAAACGUCAGUGUGAACCCAACAUCGUCAAUGAACAGUGCACCAGUUCAUCGUGCACAUCCUUCGUUGUACUCAACUGCACUUGAUUUAUCAGCAGCCAACAACCAUCACGGCUGCUGUUCAUCACUGAUCAGUUCGAGUAAUCAUUAUGGUUGCGCUUCUGCCUCUUGCUCCACUUCAGCUAUCACCACGACAACGUGUUCUCCGCUGUUGGAUCACUUCAAUGACUCGCUGCAGCAUGCAUUUGCGCCAACAAUAUCACAGACGUUCACGUCGCCUCAACAAACUGCAGCGAACCAUCUGAUGAACGCUAAUAACUCAUCAGCUCAUACACAGGCACAAGCCCAUGUGAAUUCUCACAACUCAACGCAUCGCCGCUCUUCGUCCAAUACGUCUCCAUCACUACCCAGUGGUUUAUGUUCAUCGUCGAAGUGGAAUGAUAUCGAACAAACUGCACAGCAGUGUGAGAAUGCGAACGCCGCCGCAACCUCACAAUCCCUAUUCCAAUCAGUUUCAUCCCUUCCGCUCACUCAUAUGAGCAGUAUGCCAACGAUGCAUUAUCCUACUGUGCAGCAACAACGACGUUUAUCCAACCAAGAAUCGUCAAGUCUUUUUGGCGGUUUAAUGUUUUUAGCAGCGCGUCCAGCAUGUGCAUCGAGCGUAUCGCCGUCAUCACGUCUCGGCUCGACGUCAUCGAGUUCAGGGUACAGCUCAAGUGCAAGCGAUCGAAGUUCGGGUGCAGGUUCACCACCCGGUUUAAUGGUCUACAAUUUUGCAAGUGAGCAUGCGUCUGGCGAGCUGGAUAGUAUGUGUCGUGAUGUGGCGGCGCUCAGCUUCUUUGCAGAUUCUCAACUAUUGCACAUCAACAGCACCAAUAGCAGUUGCAAUGUGAACAAAAACAAUAACUCAGUGCAACAACAUCAUCAGCAACAGCAACAGCUGUCUAUUGGAUUGAGUGUGUUGCCUUAA